GACACGGAAGUAUUUCACGACAACAUUUCGACAACAAAUGACUAGAAACGAAAAUGAGACCAUGCAUUUGUGUACACAGGAACCUGGCAUGUUUGCGUCGAGCUAUGGGUGGAGUUCGGUGGGAGAGCAGCUUUCGAACAGCCCCCAUGUUGACAGCCACUCCUCUUCGUGCCCUCAUGGAUGAACAGAUCAGCAUAAUCGGGCGUUUCCUGACACCACAGUGUCCCGUCACAGUGUGUGCACAAAUGCACAGUGAUGAUGGUGACCUGUGGGAGGCAUUCGCCCACUAUAAUACAAAUGCCGAUGGCACUGUUAAUUUGACCAGGGAUCGUUCAGUCGGGGGUUCUUAUUUGGGCUGUGAGCCGAUGGGACUGUUCUGGGGACUGCAGCCAGCCCCUGGUUCAAGAGAAGGUUUGAGGCUCAGGAAAAAAAAUGUAGAGACUCCAUAUGUAAUGCUCAUGUCUUUACUGGAGGGCCACGUGUCACCCAGUGAGAAACAGAGCACCGAACUGGCUGCAGUCAUUGCUGAGCGCUGGUACAUGGCACCAGGUGUACGGAGAAUAGAGAUCCGCAAGGAUGGAGUUGUGGGGACGUUGUUUUUACCGCCUGGCCCAGGUCCAUUUCCAGCUAUGUUGGACCUGUGGGGAAUGGGUGGAGGACUGAUGGAGUACCGCUCAGCCCUUUUUGCGUCCAAGGGCUACGCUAGCUUUUCUCUUGCCUACUUCGGGCACAAAGAUUUGUCUGGCCCUGAAAAAAGUGUCAAUGUUGGUGAUUCAUAUUUCAAAUCGGCAUACCACCUACUUCAAGAUCAUCGACAGGUCUCUGCAGACAGAAUUGGGAUCAUAGGUCUCUCCUUUGGAGUUUACCUGAGUCUUAGAAUUGCCAUUCAGGCUGGUGUCAAACCAUCGUGUUUGAUUUGUAUCAAUGGCCCAGUAGGAAGCCUCAUGAAACUCUCAGAUUCAGAUGGCAUGACUGAACCCUUUGGAAGUGACCAGAAACCUUGGGUGUAUGAUGAUCAAGGCUGUGUGAGUUUCAGAAGCAUCUCCUUGCCUGCAAACAUUUGCCCUGAGAGAAAAGUGAAGAUGGAGAACCUCGCCUGUCCAUUAAUGUACAUAGUGGGUGAAGAUGACCAAAAUACUUCAAGUAUCGAGAAUGCAAACAUGAUCGAAGAAACCCUGAGGGCUGCAGGUAAAUCCCAGCUGCUCACCCUUUUGUCGUACCCCGGUGCCGGUCACCUGAUUGAACCGCCUUACACACCAAAUGCAAGACGGUCCCUGUGGAGCAUAAAACCAAAAAAACUGUUCACUCUGUGGGGAGGUCAGCCCGCACCUCACGCUGCUGCACAGGAAGAUGCAUGGAAGAAAAUCCUGGAUUUUAUGGAAAGUCAUCUGAGAUGGUGAAUCUGUG